AUGACUGGAAAAGACACCCUCAGAUUCACGGUGUAUGCCGCUGACAGAACUUACCGCACACUCAGUGAUUUCUUCAUCGGCACCAUCUUUGAUCCGUACCGCGAUAAGGUCCUGGUAACAGGUGGUGGCUCAGGCUUGGGACGGGAGAUUGCUAUUCAGUUCAAAAACACCAGCGCUACUGUGAUUGUUUUGGACGUCAGUAUUCCUGAUGAAGACGACGAGAACUACAUCCCUGGCGUCAAGUACUAUAAGUGUGAUGUCAGCAAGAGAAGCGAGGUUAUAAAGAUAGGCCGACUGAUAAAAGAUGAGAUUGGUGAUGUAGCUGUUCUCAUAAACAAUGCCGCUAUCACCAACGGAAAGGCCAUACUCGACAUCGAUUUCGAAGACAUCGAGAAAACAGUCCAGGUCAACUUACUCUCAAGCUUCUACACCAUCAAGACGUUCCUUCCGGAUAUGAUUAAAAACAAAAGAGGCUACGUGGUGACAAUUGCUUCGGUUUUGGGUUACAUGUCUCCAGCUAGACUUAGUGCCUAUGGAGCAUCCAAAUCCGGACUCAUCGCUCUUCACGAGUCUCUGACUUAUGAGUUAGGACCGCCAGCAUUCACUGCAAACGGGGUCAAAACGUUGUUAGUUUGUCCAGGUCAAAUGAAGACAAACAUGUUCAAGGGUGUAAAGACGCCAUCCACUCUAUUGGCGCCUGAGUUGGAUCCCAAGUAUGUUGCCAAGUCAGUUCUGAAAGCUGUGUUCAUGGGCCGGCGUGGUGAAAUCAAGCUUCCCUUCUACAGUAACUUCAUCCCAUUGUUCAGGGCAAUGCCUUGGCCAGUGGUGGAGGUUGCUAGGUGUUUUUCUGGAAUAGACCAGAGCAUGAGGAAGUUUGCAGGACAGACGAAGACUGCCAGUCUUGCAUCUAACUCUGAGAAGGUUGGACAAUGA